AUGGGGCGGAGCUCGCCGCAGCUUGUAUUAAUGUUGGCGGCGAUUGUCGCUGCUGGGUUUUUUGCAGAUCUGUGUACCGGUGACGGACUCUGUACCUCGCCGGUGCUUGGUUAUUCCGACGACCAUCACCACCACGGUCAUCACCAUCACCACGACGACGGCGGCCAAUGUGGCGGCCACCAUCAUCAUAAUCAUCAUCAUGACCAUGACCAUGGCGAAGAAAUGGAGUACAAGUUGCCGGAGGAGCUGGCGGAGGAGGAGGAUAUGAAACUCUAUGGCUUCGGGAAUUACCAUGCUCAUGAUGAACACGAUCACCAUCUGCAUUCCGAUUCGCACUCCAAGCUUUCUGGUCUAGGUCUUUGGAUCAAUGCCUUGGGCUGUUCGCUUUUGGUGAGCUUGGCUUCCCUUAUUUGCCUGAUCAUCUUGCCAAUCAUAUUUGUACAGGGAAAGCCAUCCAAGGGAGUUGUUGAUUCAUUGGCUUUAUUCGGGGCCGGAGCAAUGCUUGGAGAUGCUUUUCUUCACCAAUUGCCACAUGCAUUUGGUGGACAGCAGCACUCACACUCCCAUUCACACCACCAUGCUGAUGAUUUGAGCCAUGAUCAUUCUGGCCACGAGCAUUUGCAUAUGCCGUCAAGUGGGCAUUCACAUUCUUUGGAGGAUCUUUCUGUUGGAUUGUCCAUUUUAGCUGGCAUUGUAGUCUUUCUUCUAGUGGAGAAGCUUGUGAGAUAUGUCGAGGAUAACUCUACUGGCGAUGUUUGGGGUCAUAGUCAUCACCACCACCAUAAGAGCAGUGAGAAAGUGAAGGAUGGCAGUGAUGCUGAUGGAGCAUCUGAUGAAAUUUCAGAUAACAUGUCAAAUGGGGAUAAGUUGAGUCAAAAGGAUUCUGUUGUUCACAGGAGAAAAGGCAAGGCUGGUUCCAAGGGUGACAAAUCAGAUAAAGCCACCUCGGACAAAUCUACUAAGUCUACUAAACUCGCACAAGGAAAAGAACCUGCAAAGUCGUCUUCAAAUCUGGUGUUCGGGUAUCUGAAUCUCUUCUCUGAUGGUGUUCAUAAUUUUACUGAUGGAAUGGCUCUUGGCAGCGCUUUUCUGCUUUAUGGAUCAGUUGGUGGAUGGUCUAGAACUCUCUUUUUGCUUGCACAUGAGCUCCCUCAAGAGGUGGGUGACUUUGGAAUCUUGGUGAGGUCGGGUUUCAGCGUGUCUAAAGCUCUUUUCUUCAACUUCCUCUCAGCAUUGCUCGCUCUCGUUGGAACUGCUCUGGGCUUCACGGCAGGAGGGUUCAUAUACAUUUCCGCAGCUGGUGUGCUUGCAGAAAUGAACACUGGCAAAACGAGUCUGAAGAGCACGGCUGUUCACACAGUGUCCCUGGUGGCGAGAAGGCUAGGGGCGAGCUAUCAUGCCGCUGUACUCGCCACCGUGGUUCGAGGAAUGGUAGAUGCAUCAGCGAAAGAAGUUAGCAACAUCGAAGUUAACCGCAUUUUGCGGUUUUCGCUAUUUGACGUCAGUAGCUCUCGGUCAAUCGGAAAACUCGACCUGCCGCCAGCCAUGGCAGAUGAACUGGGGGAUGUGGAACCAGAGGUAAACGACGCGAGCAAUCAGAAGAAGAAGCACAAGGGAAAGCACGACAAGCCUAAGCCAUGGGACGACGACCCCAACAUCGACCAUUGGAAGGUGGAGAAGUUCGACCCUUCGUGGAACGAAAGCGGCAUGCUUGAAGUCAGCGAGUUCGCCACCCUCUUUCCUUCUUACAGAGAGAAAUACAUUCGGGAUGUUUGGCCAAUGGUGAAAUCCGCCCUGAAAGAGCAUGGCAUUGAAGGCAGGCUCGACCUGGUUGAGGGGUCAAUGACUGUUUCAACUACAAGAAAGACGAGGGACCCUUACAUAAUUAUCAAGUCAAGGGAUCUUCUUAAGUUGCUAUCGAGAGGUGUCCCUGCACCUCAGGCUAUCAAGAUUCUCAACGAUGAAAUGCAAUGUGAUGUUAUCAAGAUUGGCGGUAUGGUUCAUAAUAAGGAGCGUUUCGUCAAACGAAGACAACAUCUUGUUGGGGCAAAUUCAUCUACUUUAAAGGCGCUUGAAAUUUUGACUGGCUGUUAUAUUCUAGUUCAGAUUCUGAUGAUGAAGAAAGAACUUGAAAAUAAUCCAGCAUUGAAGAAUGAGAGUUGGGACAGGAAGAAUGUUCAACGAAAGAAGCCUAAGAAGAAAGAAAAGAAAGAAUAUACACCAUUCCCUCCUCCUCAACAGCCCAGCAAGGUUGAUAUUCAACUAGAGACUGGAGAGUACUUCUUGAGUGAACAGAAGAAGACAGCAAAGAAAUGGCGAGAUAAACAGGAGAAACAAGCUGAAAAAUCUGCUGAAAACAAGAGAAAAAGAGAGGAGGCAUUUGUUCCUCCAAAGGAAUCUGCGAAGGCAAGUACCAGUAAGUCGGAAGAGGAAGACCUGGCCACAAUGACCAUGUCCAUCAAGCAAAAGACAAAAGAGUUUGGGAAGAAGAAAAGGGAUGAGAAUGUCAAUCCGGAGGAUUAUAUAGCAGUAGCAUCUAGUGAACAACCGAAGAAGAAAAAACAAAAGAGCAAGUUUUCAUUUUUCUGAAAAUUUACUCUUUGUUCUUGUUUCACAUUUGUUUGAUCGAUUUCACAUGAAUCCCCUCCCAUUGUCUAAUAUAUGUCAUCGGACAUCAAGUCUCACAUGCCUCUCGGAAAUGGGCGUUGUUUAUUGUUGUAUGUUUGACAUUGGUAGAAACAGGGAAUGGAAGUUUACAAAAUUUAUCAGGCCUACUGUUAUUUCCAAUCUGGACUUUUGUGUAUUUGAGAAUACCGAACACAUAAUGAUCGGCCAUUGUUUCAUGGCUUGGAUAUAAAGGGCAAUGAAGAAAUUAAGGUUGGAAGCUGAUGAGUAAAGCAGGUACUUAUGAUAGUUGUGGCACACCCCAGAGAUGUUUCUCCAGGUGCAGCAAAUUCUUUGUUGUGCUGAGCCGCCUCUGGGAUGUGCCUAGACAUGACUAAGGCAAUUAGCUGCUGUCUGAUUCCUUUUAUGUUGUCGGUACUGAUUUUUAAGGUUGACAUGGUUUCUCCUUUUUGAAUUGUUUUAUGGACAGCAUUUUUAAGCGGAAAUCGUAUAUUUUUUUUAUCUGCUCAAGGAUUGGUUUCUGGCUUGCCCCUGUUCUACUGCAGCUGCUACUAUGUCAGUGCAACUUGCUGUAAGUCGUGAUUUUGAACCUUUUGAUAGGCU